AUGGAUUUGAAUAGACUUGCCGCACUUGGUUGUUGUUCUUGGUAUUUUAAUAGAAAAGCAAAGAAUACUAAGAAAGAAAAUACAAAUCCAUCAUCACAAUCAGAUGUAAUGACGAAAAAGGAAUUAAAAAGUCGUCGUAAACAAUUUGGUAUAUGUUUAAAAUGUGGUCAAACUUUGACGGAUUAUAAAUUUUGUCAAUCAUGUUCAUCAAAGGAAUUUCAAUCAAAAUUUAAUGAUUGGACAAGCGAAGAUUUAUGUAUAGAUAAAUUCAUACAAGGUUCACAAUUAAAGGCGACGAAUAACCAAUCUUAUUUAUUAUGGAUACCUUUUGACGAUUUUAUCAAUGUAAAAUAUUUAGCUAACGGUGGUUUCGCUUCGGUUUAUUCGGCGAGAUGGGAUCAUUUUGAGACUGGUGAUAUAGUUGACGUUGUGCUUAAACGUUUACAUAAUGGACAGAUUUCCAAUCCUGAAUUUUUAAAAGAACAAGUUUCAAUGCUUUUAUAUGGGGCUAUGAAUAAUAGCAAUAUCGUUAAAUGUUAUGGUUUCACCAAACACCCUACCGAAGGUUAUAUGUUGGUAUUGGAACAAGCUGAGGAUGGUGAUUUGAGAGGUUUUCUUCGUAAACAAUCUUCUACUUUCUUAUGGUCCGAAAAAUUAUUCAUCUUAAGAGAGAUUUCGAAAUCACUUGAAUUACUUCAUCAACGUGAAUUCGUUCAUGGUGAUUUGCAUACCGGUAAUAUAUUAAAGACAAAUGAUCAAAGGAGGUCAUGUCGAAUUCUCAAGAAUAAUAAGAAAUGUCGUCAUGAAAAUUUAGAAAUAAUCGUUGAUUUACCGUUAUAUUUUGAUUCAAACACUUCAUACACUUCACCUUUUGGUGUUAUACCAUACGUCGCCCCUGAAGUAUUUGAGAAAGGUUAUUAUACAAAACAAACUGAUAUUUACAGUUUCGCUAUAAUCAUGUGGGAAUUAGCUACUUAUCAACAACCUUUCUUUAAAUAUUCAAAUGAAAAGGAUUUGGUUCAUGAUAUUCGGAAUGGUAUUCGUCCGGAAAUUGAUGAUCAACAAAUCCCUAAAUGUGUUUUGGAUUUAAUGGAAAAAUGUUGGGAUCCUAAACCAUUUAAUAGACCUUCUGCUCAAACAAUUACUAGUAUAAUCGAUGAAUGGAUUUGGAUUCUAUCUGCUUCAAAGAUUAGAUUAUCUAAUAAAUCUAGGGAUAUCUUAAAUCAAUUUUCUUUGGCUAAUAAUAAUACAAAGAAAAAAGUUAAACUUCAAUCAAGGUUACCCCCUUCGCUUGCUCGUUCUUCUACCCUGCUUAGAAACAAUAUUUAUUAUAGCAAGUCUUUGAGUAAAUAUUUAAUUAUUAUGGAUGUUGAAAAAACUGCUAAUGCUGCUUCUUUUGCUGCUUCUACCAAUUCAGUUAAUUUUGAUACAGAUGGACAAGAUGACUCUGAAUAA